AUGUGCGGCUCCUGGCGGCUCGCAGCUCCCGGCAGCCUCGGAAGCUUUAGCAGCUCCAGCGGCGGCGGCGGCUCCGGCGGCGGCAGCAGCGGCUCCGUCGGCUGCAGAGCAGCGGAGCCCAGGCUGGGAGACACAAUGCGCCGUGUCCUUCGCUUGCUCCUCGGCUGUUGCCUGACCGAGCUGUGCGCCCGCGUGUGCCGGGCGCAGGAGCGAUCAGGGCAGGGGCAGCUCCACCAGCAGCAGCAGCAACAGCAGCAUCAACACCUGGACAACGUGGUGGUUCUGUCCGGCGGUAACCGUUCCGGAGCCGCGGAUCCUGGGGAAGCCGCUGGAGCUUCCGAGGCGGCCCCAACCAAAGCCCCUACGCCAGACUCCUGCCGAGGCUACUUCGAUGUCAUGGGGCAGUGGGACCCUCCGUUUAACUGCAGCUCUGGGGACUUCAUCUUCUGCUGCGGCACUUGUGGCUUUCGGUUUUGCUGCACGUUCAAGAAGAGGCGCCUGAACCAGAGCACCUGCACCAACUACGACACGCCACUCUGGCUGAACACGGGCAAGCCCCCGGCCCGCAAGGACGACCCCCUGCAUGACCCAACCAAGGACAAGACUAACCUUAUUGUCUACAUCAUUUGCGGGGUGGUGGCUGUCAUGGUGCUGGUGGGUAUUUUCACCAAGCUGGGGCUAGAAAAGGCUCACCGACCCCAGCGGGAGCACAUGUCCAGGGCUCUUGCUGAUGUUAUGAGACCACAGGGCCACUGCACAACAGACCAUAUGGAAAGAGACCUUAACAUUGUUGUUCACGUCCAGCAUUAUGAAAACAUGGAUACAAGAGCCCCUGUAAAUAAUUUACAUGCCACUCAAUUGAACAAUGCAGUGCCAACCUCUCCCCUCCUUCCACAGAUGUCUCACCCUCAUUCCUAUCCCAGCUUGGGGCAAAUCUCCAAUCCAUAUGAACAGCAGCCUCCCGGCAAGGAACUGAACAAGUAUGCCUCCUUAAAAGCUGUGGGAAGUUGUGAUGGUGACUGGGCAGUAACAACACUUAAGUCACCCAAAGCUGACAAGGUCAACGAUGACUUCUACUCCAAACGAAGACACCUGGCUGAGUUGGCAGCCAAGGGGAGCCUACCGCUUCAUCCAGUACGGGUGGAGGAGGAGCCACCGAGGGCUUUUAGUCCUGAACAUGGCCCCACCAAGCAGAACGGACAGAAGUCCCGGGUCAACAAACUCCACACGCACCCCUUGGCCUACAACUCCACCACCAACUUCAAGGGCUGGGACCCCAAUGAGCCGUCCCUCCGGCGUCAGGCCUAUGGCAACAAGGGCAAGCUUGGCACAGCAGAGCCGACCUCCAGCGAGCCACUGGCAACGAGGAGCCAGCACUUCAUGCCCUCACAGCCAUACUUCAUCACCAACAGCAAAACAGAGGUGACUGUCUGA